AUGCCCAAACCGAGGCUACCCCGGGCCUCUGGAAACAACACACUGUCUACCUCCGCCUUAAACCCUGGUCAACGUCGCGCGGGGAAGAAGGUGCCUGUGAGGGGCGUACCCUCUGCCAUGAAGAAGAUUUUUGGCUUCAGGAGUAAGGGCCCAUCGCCCUUAGGCCCCUCUGCCCGCCCGCGCAGCAACUGCGAUGACCUAACACCUAUGUUACUUGCUGUAAAGGAAAAUAAACAGCAUAUUGUGGAGUUUUUAGUAAAGAAGAAAGCAAGUAUUCACGCAGUUGAUCAGCUUGGAAGCAACAGGCAAACAUUUGAAUAUGAUGGGAAGAGACUACAAAGAUCUGAAAACAGCCAUCCAGGAUUCAGAAACAUACUCUUGCUGUUAGAUCAGAUGAAUGUCCCCAAAAUUAAUUUGACAGAGUUGUGGACAGCUGCUCAGCAGUCUAAGAAAAACCAAACAAAAUGUGGCUUUGAGGAACUAGACGAUGGAGCCCGGUUUGAUGACAGUGAUUCCCCCAGUGAAAGUGAAGAUGAGAUUGAGGUUGAGGCUGCGCCAUCAGUCAGACUCCAGACCCUCUCCCCAUCCCGUCAGUCACCUGACCCUGGNGAAGGAGCAACCGAGCCAGCAAUUGAAGGAGAAGAAAACGGUACUGAUGUUAUUGAGAGCGCUUCACAGGAGCAACCAAAUCAUGACAAUUUAACCCGUGCUGAUGGUUGGCACAAAAGUAAUAAAAGUGAAAUGAUGUCUGCAUUAGGAUUAGGAGAAGACGAAGAUGAAGACUCACCUUGGGAUUCUGAGAGUAUCUCCGAGAGUGUGUCACUGAAAGACGUAGGUCACUUCUCUGGGACUGCAGAUCAAACAGGAAAAAGGAGAGCACGUGGACAGAUAGAAGAUGUGACUUAUAUACCUUCUUGCAUGAGUGGAUCAAGAAGCUUUAAGAUGGCUAAACUAGAGGAGUCAAGAAAUGUAGGCAUUCCAGUAGCCCACAUGGGUAUGGAAAAAAAUGAGGCCCCCAGGAAAUACGCAAUCAUGGAGCCUACCAUCGAAAGGAGGGCUCCUNUUCUGAACAAAACAGAGACAGUGGGNAUGAAGGAUGCACAGACUUUCAAGUCAGAGCCAGAAUCAGUAUCAAGAGAAGAACAGACAAGGCUCAGUGGCAGCGAGGACAGCCAGCAAAAGGUACGUGAAUGUUGCAUGCCAGCCUGCGGCUUACAAGGACCAGGUACACCAGGGAGGCAGGCUGGGGCUGAAAGAGACUUAGACAGCGAGAGGCCCACAAAGAAAACAUCUAGUAAACAUAACAAGGACAGCGGGCAGACAGCUGCUGUGGACAACCUUGACGACUUCACUGAGUCAUCUGAAACAGCCUCUGAGGACCAUGAGCUCCAGGGCCCUGAUUCCGAGAGCAUUUUGUGUGCCAUCGAGCAUCUCAGACUGGAGUGUAAAGAUACUGUUAGUCUAUUGAAAAUCCGGGACGCNGUUUAUUCAUAUAAACGAUUAAUAGAACUUAAAAGAAGCCACUGUGAACUACUUACAGGAAAACUGAAAAGAAUGGAAAACAAAUAUAAGGGAUUACAGAAGGAAAUGUCAGAGACGGAAGANGUGAAGUCACGGUUGGAACAUGAAAAGGUCGGAUGGGAACAGGAGCUCUGCAGGCUGAGAUUUGCACUGAAACAAGAGGAAGAGAAGAGGAGGAGCGCAGACCAGCUUUCCGAGAAAACCGUGGAGCAGCUUAGAAGGAAAGGUGAGCAGUGUCAGAGCGAGGUGGAAGCCAGGCAGCAGCUUGAAGCCUCUCUCAGAACCCUGGAGAUGGAGCUGAAGACGGUGAAAAGCCAUCUCAACCAGGUCUUAGAGGAACGAAAUGAGACUCAGAGGCAGCUCUCCCGAGAACAGAAUGCCAGAAUGUUACAAGAUGGGAUUCUUGCAAGUCACCUCUGCAAGCAAAAGGAGAUAGAAAUGACGCAGAAGAAAAUGACUUCUGAGGUUUCUGUUAGUCAUGAAAAAGAAAAAGAUCUAUUGCAUAAAAACCAGAGGCUGCAAGAUGAAGUUGCCGUGUUACGACUGGAAAUGGACACAAUAAAAAGCCAUAACCAGGAGAAGGAAAAGCGGUACCUUGAGGAUAUUAAGAUUGCAAAUGAGAAGAAUGACAACCUUCAAAGGAUGGUCAAGCUGAAUGAAGAAACAUUUACAAAAACCAUAUUUCAGUAUAGUGGACAGCUUAAUAGUCUUAAAGCUGAGAACACAAUGCUGAGUUCUAAGCUGGACAACGAAAAACAAAAUAAGGAGAGACUGGAAACAGACGUUGAGUCGUUCCGAUCUAGGCUGGCUUCUGCUCUGCAUGAUCACACUGAAAUUCAGACAGCAAAAAGAGACCUAGAAAUUGCUUUCCAGAGAGCNAGAGAUGAGUGGUUUCGUGUGAAAGACAAGAUGAAUUUCGAUAUGUCUAACCUCCGAGAGAACAAUGAGGUUCUCUCCCAACAGCUUUCUAAAACUGAAAGGAAGUUGAAUAGCCUAGAAAUCGAGUUUCAUCACACGAAAGAUGAGCUUCGAGAGAAGACGCUGGCGUUAAAGCACACNCAGAGAGACCUGAGCCAGACCCAGUGCCAGAUGAAGGAGGUGGAGCACAUGUUUCAGGACGAGCAAGGCAAAGUGAGCAAGUUCAUGGGGAAGCAGGAGUCCAUAGAGGAGAGGCUGGCCCAGCUGCAGAGCGAGAACACGCUGCUCCGGCAGCAGCUGGACGACGCUGCCAACAAGGCCGAGAGCAAAGACAAGACCAUAGUCAACAUCCAAGACCAGUUCCAGGAUGUGCUAGCCAGGUUCCAAGCCGAGAGUCAGCGGCACAGCCUGAGGCUAGAAGACAGAAACCAGGAGUUAGUCAGUGAGUGCAGUCAUCUAAGAGAAAGACAAAUGUCUUACCAGGUAGUUGUGAGGCAACUCCAGCAAGAAUUGGCCGAUACCCUAAAAAAGCAGUCGAUGUCAGAGGCUUCACUGGAAGUCUCCUCCCGCUACCGCAGCAAUUUAGAAGAAGAGGCGCGAGACUUAAAGAAGAAAUUAGGUCAGCUCAGAAGUCAGGUAUGUAUGAAUUUGAUAUGCCGGCUGCUCAGGAUGAUAUUUAAGGAAGUCUUAAAAAUGACCAAAAAAGAAUUAAAUGAAUAUGAAAACAGAGAACUUAAUCUUCGUCAAGAUAUAAAAAACAAUCAACUUGAAAUGGAUAUCCCAGUUAAUACACUAAUAAAAAAGAUUGAUGAUCUUACAGCAAAACUGGAAACUGCAUCUUCAAAAUGUCUACAUCUGGGUAAAAAAAAUCAAGCUGGGCAUACCCACAGUGGGAACGUGUUCAUGUAUUCUCUCUCUCUGUAGGCUCAAGCAGCAUCCCAGGAGAACUUGGAGCAGUUAAGAGAGAGCAGUAACGCUUCGGUGCGAAGUCAGAUGGAGCUCAGGAUGAAAGACCUGGAGUCCCAGCUCUGCAGAAUGAAAGCCCAGGAAGACUUCGAUAAAAUAGAACUAGAAAAGUACAAGCAGCUCUACCAGGAAGAGUUCAGAGCUAGAAAAUCGCUGUCAAGUAAACUAAACAAGACCAGUGAGAAGCUGGAGGAGGCCAGCACCAAGCUGCUCCUGGAGGAGCAGCAGAACAGGUCCUUGCUGAGCACUCUGAGUACAAGGCCUGUUGUGGAGUGUCCUUGUGUUGGAAGUCUCCAUAAUAGUUUGGUAUUCAACAGAACUCUUAUUCCAAGAGAAAACAUAGUGGUUCCUACCUCAGGCCUACAGCCAUCAAAUAAGAGAGUGGAGAUCUUCCUGACCAAGGUUACUACUGCUGAACUUGAAUCUGAGUUCUGCAGGGUUUCUCCCCUGGGAUCUGCUACUAAACCCAGCCAAGAUCUACUCUCAGGAGCAUCGCAAGAAUAUAUAGACAUUCUAAAGAAAAAAUAUAUGAUCUGCUGAAUUUAAAAAGAGAAAAAGGAAGAAAAAGUAGAAGUGGGACUUUUUGGGAGAGAGGAUCAGAGAAGUUAAAGGGGCAUGUGCUGUGUGUCUGAAAUGUCUCCGUGGCCUGGGUGUGGUGGCACGUGUCUUUGACUCCAGCACUUGGGAAGCAGAGGCUGGGAGAUCUCCGAAUUCAAGGGCAGUCAGAGCUACGUGUCUCAUACAAAAAAGUAAAGUCAUAAUGAAACCUACUAUUUUGUACAAAUAAUACACAUUAAUAUACAUGAUCUAAAAUACAACAUUUUGGGCUGGAAAGGUGCCUCAGGAGUUUGAGAGCACUGGCAGCUCUUUCAUAGGUCCUGAAUUCAAUUCCCAGCAUCCAUAUGGUGGNUCUAACCAUCUAUAAUGUGAUCUGGUGUCCUCUUUUGGUGUNCAGNGUUAUGUGCAAAUAGAACACUCAUAUUCAUAAAAUAAAUAAAUCUUUAAAAAAAGAAAACAAAGAUAUAAAUGCUUAUUAAAAUAAAUAAAACAUAUUUAUUAAACUGUUUAUAUUUGUAUUAAUCAUAUAACUUGAAAACACGAGAAAAACUUUUUCGUCAUAUGUAUUAGAAAUUAAUAUAUUUACCUGGAGUUUUUUGGUGGUCUUAAGCAGAUUUUGCAAGUAUUAUUAAACCAGUAUUACUAACUUUUACUUAUGAAAAUACCCUAAAGCAAGUUGUUCAAACAACCAAGUUACUGUGAAUACUUUGGUGGGAUGAAAUACCAUCUUAGUGUUUAUAUUUUUCUAUUUUUGUCACUNUGCAUGGGCCAAAAGAUUUAGCCAGACAUCAGUUCGGUAUGCUGCUGCCUUAGCCACUGUUAAUGUUUUCACCGUUCCCAGCCAUAGUGUUGCCAUCAGACUUAACUUUAGAACUAAGCACUGAUCAUUCUUGAUCCUGUGGAAAAGCACGAAGGCUUUUCACCAAGUCUCUUUAUUCAUUUGCUUGUUCAUCCUUGAUAGCUUUUUUAAGUCAUAAAAUUAGGGAGAAGCUCAGAUAAUUCUAUCCCGCUCGUCUGAGCCAUUUGAGAGAGCCUUGCUGCCGGCCAUUGUCAUUCCUUACUACUUCAGUAUUUAUUGUAGUUAGCAACACUCUAAGUAACUGCAGUGUCGCCUUUGUAAUGAGAAGGCGAACACUAACAGAUCCUGAAGCUUAGUCCUCAGAUUCCGUUCCAGCUUGGCUUCUUCUCUACAGUGUCCUUUAAUAAAGACUGGUCCCAUUCAGAUCGAUGGGUCCCAGGUACUGAAGUUCUUAGACUCCUUCANUCUGGAACAUUGUUCAGUCUUUCCUGAACUUUCACNACCUUAAAUCUUCAAGGGACAAUUCGUGUAGUAUGUUCUUGAAUUGAAUUUUUCUAUUUUAUUAUGUUUCAUCACGCAUUCUUGGCAAAAGUAUUACAGAAGUAAUUUUUCUCACUAAAUCCUAUUAUGUGAUGUAUAAUAUAGAUGUUUCUCUGUUAUUUUGAUGUUGAUCACUAGAGCAAUUACCUACUGUUUUUCCUCAGUACAUUUACUUUUGUUUUGUAAUAAUUGAUAUGUGGAGAGAUAAUUUGUGACUGUAAAUAUCUGCUUCUUAUCAAAUGUACAAUGUAUUCAUUUACUAGUAUUCAUGUAGAUUAAUGGCUCUUUA